AUGGACAACAAGACAGAGAAGGGUGGCGACCAGCAGCAGCGAAAGAAGAAGCGACACAAGCAGCCGCAGCAGCACCCCAUGAUGUGGGCCAAGAAGGCCGCGGACAGGCAAGGAAAGCAACGGGACAAACGCAAGGAAGAAGUUGCUGUGGAAGCUGUAAAGUCAACGCAGGACAAGCAGACGCCCGACAAGCAAGCGGCGACCGACCAACAGGAGCUGUCACCUGCAGCAUCUGGGGCUCGUACGAAGACAGCUGUGGUGGCCAUCAUCACACUGUCGGUGCUGAGCUGUCUAUUGGUGCUUAGCUCCAGUUUGAUCAUAUUCAAGUACUUACGCGCUCCAAGAGUGGGAACGUGCACGACGGAAGGCUGCAUAGCACACGCGAAGGCGAUCAUCGACGCUAUGAAUGCAUCGGUCGAUCCAUGCUCCGACUUCUACCACUUCUCGUGCGGCUCGUGGAAGCCCAGCGGUCCCUAUCGUUCCAUGAUCGAGCAGAUCUUUGCAAACUCCUUCGCCAUCGCCAUCGAGGAGCUGGAAGGAAAAGACAACGAGUCUGCCCUUCCAAUUGCGCAGCGUUACUACCAGAGUUGCUCAGCCAAACGGUCCGAAGACUUGCUCGAAAGCGAGAUCCAGAAGUUCGCAAAGUUCAAGCGAGACCUCGGCCUCCUAUGGCCCGAGCAAUGGCCCGAGGAAAGCAACUCCUCCGUGCCUCCACUCAAGCUGCUGUUAAAUUUGACUGUUAAUUGGAAUAUCAAUUUGAUCUUCCACGUGCGUGUCGUGCCGGGAUACAAGGGCCGGCCGAGGACAGUGUUCAUCAAACGCGGAGUGCUGCGACCCUCAUGGUCCGUCUAUAAGCCCGAGGUUAUGAAGCGGUCCAUCGAAGAACACUGCAAGUACUUGAAAGCGCCGGUGCCAACGCCGGUUCUCUUGAAGGAGAUAAUGAAGGCGUACCUGGAAGUGGUCAACGCGUCCCUUAGUUUUGAACCAGACGCUAUGGAUGAAGAGAAGACGACAUUGAAGGACAUCAACGCGCGAACGGCGUCCGGGAAAGACAAGUGGCAAGAAUACGUGAUGCAGAGUUUUUCAGAGUACACCCUACGGCCCGACGACGUCGUGUUGAUCCAGCACCGCGCCAUACUCGACAACAUCGGCCACCUGCUAGAAAGCAUGUCGGACGAGUCGCUCCGGCUAGGGAUCGCGUGGGUGUUUCUCCGCCUAUCCUUCUGGACUAUCGUCGGAAAACCCCAUCUGCGCUUCGAGGGCUCCGCAGCAGAGCUGGAAGUGAGAGUAAAACUCACCUGCCUUUCGCACGUGGCGUCCACGUUCGGACUCGUCGUCUCGUACGGUCAUUUGCUCAAGCGCUUCACGGAAGAUGUGCGCCUCCAGAUAGACACUGUCUUCAACAACGUCAAGGCUGAAUACCAACGAGCCUUCGCCGAUGCGGGAUGGAUCGACGAGUCGGUCAAGGCAAAGCUGAGGGCCAAGAUCUCGGAGAGCUUAAACCUCGACUCCCUGCCCGGCAGCGAUUUCUUCUCUAGCUUCACGAUCAAGGCGACGUACAAGAAUUUCCCGAACACCACCGCCUCGUUUUUCGACAACUUCGUCAACAUAGCGAAAUCAUUCCGCAAGAAGCUGACGUCGGACGACUUCGUCACUGCCUUCUCCAAGACGCUGGGUGACGGUCGCGUGGCCACUUCUUACAGCUACUACUACAACAGCAUCUACUUCGCAGUCGGAGCGCUCGAGCCGCCGCUGUUCGACGUCGACAGCACGUACUCCAGCACCUACGGCUCGCUGGGCACGUUGAUGGCCACCUCCGUUUCCCGGGCGUUCGACGAGCACGGAAUCAUGUACGACAAAGGAGAGGUGGCUCCUUGGUGGAUUGCGGACCGCGAAGAGUACGAGAGGCGCGUCAAGUGUGACCUCAAAGCCGGCGGGUCACGCUCGGGCAGCGACAACGCUAUCGCCAGUGCACUGUACUGGUCAGCGCUCGGUCUGAGGACUUCGUACGAGGCGUUUCGCUCGGCCGUGAAGUCCGACCACUCGGUUGAUAUUUAUCGGCUCAAGGGUCUCGAGAAGUACUCUGACGACCAAGUGUUCUUCAUGUCGUACUGCCUCAUGACGUGCGCCGUGGACAGCAACGGCGACGCAUGCAACGUGCCAGUUCGCCAGAUGAAGAGGUUCGCCACUGUCUUCGAGUGCUCGCAGGAGGCACCUAUGAACCCUACGGGAAGGUGUCCCUUCUUCUAG